AUGGACGAUAAACAUGAAUCCAUAUAUUUGGAGCCAUCAUUAUUGGCCACAAGAGAAACAAAUUCAUUGUCAUCCAAAUGGUUUACUUCUGCAAAUGUAUGCGACAGUUAUCUUCGUAAAUGUAUUUCUUGUCCACAAAUCAAUGUACUGAACAAACAUUUGCAUAAAACAAAAGCAAACAUAAAUCGGUCGCUUUCUUGGGAUUCAAUUGCAACCUAUUUGAGGACAAGGCUUAUGCUUAAAAUGAUAGAUAUAUCGACCCUCACUACAGAUUAUUGUCAAAUCAAAUUGUUUGUGAACAAUACAAAUAUGAAAGACAUAGAUAAUAAUUCAAGCAGUAAUGAGUUUAUUGAAAAUUUCAAGAAUAAUGACAUUGAUUAUUAUGAUAACCUAUAUGUUGGGAAUAGUAUCCAAAUAAGACUCAGCCCUUCUAGUGGUGGCGGAGACGGCUCAUCCAGUCUUGAUGUGUCUCCCAGUGAUUACACUAAUUUACAAUUAUUAUCUAAUAAUAGCAAUGAUGAGACCGAUGAUUGGGAGUCCGAUUGCAAUUCAUGUAACUGUGAUAAAACUGAGUGUCAACUAAACAAAACAGCCAACAAAUUAACCACUAUUUCAAAGUGCAGAUCACAUAUCACUUGUAUUAAUGCCAAACAUAGACAACUAGCAAAUUAUGAGUACAUUAAUCAAGAUAUUUGUUGUCACCGGUCUAACAGUAGUGAUUCAGCUAUAAUUAUACCAUUUAUUGAUUGCGAUAUUGAAGACGAUUCCGGUUCAGAUCAAUCUAAGUGUGAUUUACAAACAACAUGUAAUAAAACUGAUUCACAAAUGGAUUUUGAAUCAAAACAUUAUUCAUAUGAUCAACAAUUGUCACAAACGUAUCAUUUAAGCUCACAUUUAAGUACUCCAAGUGUUAUAAUCAGUGAUCACAGCACUGAUUCUGAUAUUAACGACAAUAAAAAUGAUGACCACAACUAUAAUGAAAUAAUCCAAGAUUUUGACUCCUAUUUUAAUCAGACGCCUAAAUGCCAAUUAAGACGUGACUCAAUAAGUAGCAUAUCUUCGAGUACUUCCAGUCUUUCAUCUCUGGGUGAAGAAGAUUAUGUUGAAUGCGAUAUUCAGACCACAUCUUAUAAAUUAUCACCAAUAUCAGCAUGGAGAAAAGUACGGUCUCUCGUCACCUCACCAUUCAUUCAAACGUACAAAAAGCAAAAGUAUCCGUGGGUUCAGUUGGCCGGACACCAGGGAAAUUUCAUUUGUGGUCAAACUCAGGGAACUAUUCUAAAGAAACUGAACGCAACUGAAGAAAACUGCUUUCAUCUAAUAGCUAACGAUGUUAUCAAACCAUUGGUUCCCGAAUAUAGAAAAACAAUUAAAAUCAAUAGCGAAUUUUACUUGGAAUUGGAGGACCUAUUGGCCAAAUUUGACAAUCCGUCGAUAAUGGACAUUAAAAUGGGUGUUCGGACCUAUUUGGAGGAAGAAUUGACAAAAGCAAGAGUUAGACCCAAACUUAGGAAAGAUAUGUACGAAAAGAUGAUUGCCAUCGAUCCGGUCGAACCAACCGAUGAGGAAAAUCAACUGAAGGCAGUAACCAAACCUCGAUAUAUGGUUUGGAGAGAAACUAUUAGUUCUACAGCUAGUCUUGGAUUCAGAAUUGAAGGCAUCAAACAGUCAAAUGGCAAAGCAUUGAAAGACUUUAAGCGAACCAAAUCUGAAGACAACGUUAAGACAGCAUUCAUGAGAUUCAUUGACAAUCAUCCGCAUUAUGCCUCGUCAUAUUUAAAUAAAUUAGUUAUAAUCAAAGAGACGGUAAAAUUAUCGCAUUUCUUCAGAUCACAUGAGAUAAUCGGCAGUUCCCUUCUGUUUGUUCACGACGACCAUAAAGCAGACAUUUGGUUAAUAGAUUUUGCCAAAACAUAUCCCUUACCAAAUGGCAUACAAAUUACUCAUCAGAGCGAAUGGCAGGUCGGCAAUCAUGAGGACGGGUAUCUCAAAGGUCUCGAUAACCUCAUCAGAAUCUUUAGCACUCUUUAGUAUUUUUUUUGAACACUUAUACACAUAAAUAUUUUUUUAUAUAUAUGUAUAAAACAAUUUUAUUUUUUUGGUUAAAUCCCUUUUGU